UGCCACGACAACCCCCACAUACCAUAGCCUGAAGGAGAGGCAGUUUCCCUAGGAAGAGUGUGUUCUAGUGAGAGAGCAAGUGCGUAGGCGGUGUUAGUGAGUGUAUGUAUGUUUGUGGAAUGAAUGAAUGUCACUGGAAGUGUGAUUGCAUGUGUUUGUAUUGUCAUUAGGGGGUGCAUGUGAAAAGUGUGAAUCUACUUGUGUGCAGUGUGUAGGCUACUGUUAUUUAUUUGUGUGUAGUGUGAGAAUGUCAUUGCAGCCUUCUGUAUCAAUGUCAAUGUGAAGUGUUUGUGGGAAAGAUACAAGUCGAAAGUGUUGUAUGCAAGUGCAUGUGUACAUGUGAAAUAGGAGAAAGGAAAGUUGACAUUCGUGCGAGUGAGCGUGUGAGCGCAGCGCAGGGUUAGUCAGCAAAGGUCGACGUGUCACCAGGGUUAAAGGUCAUCUGUCGAAGAUGCUCCAGCCGCAGCUCCAGCUGUGCAAGGUCACCAAUGCGCUGUUCAUCAGCAACGCGCGCUCGGCCUGCACUGACGACCUCAUCCAGCAGGAGGCAGUGACGCUGUGCAUCAACGUGUCCAAGCAGCAGCCCUUCCCCGAGGCGUCACGCAUCACUGCGCUGCGUGUGCCCGUCUACGACGACCCCACUGAGGACCUGUACCGCUACUUCGACAGCUGUGCCGACGCUAUCCGGGACGAGGCAUCCAAGGGAGGCCACACCGUCGUCUAUUGCAAGAACGGCCGCAGCCGCUCUGCCACCAUCUGCGUGGCGUACCUCAUGAAGUACCGCAAGCUCUCAUUGGCUGACGCGUUUACGAAAGUGAGGACUUCUCGCUCAGUGGUGGACCCCAACUCGGGAUUCUGGGCCCAGCUGGAAAGAUAUGAGCAAGAGCUGAAAAAGAGGCGGGGGGAGGUGGACAACGCCCCAACCUAACGUUGUGCCAUAUUCCUCGCCCUCUAGGACCCUGCAGCUCUCCACCCUAAGCCGACAGUCCUGAAACUCUUUGGGCCGGUUUCCCGGACACAGAUUAAGCCUAGUCCUAGACUAAAAACCAUGGUCAAUAGAGAAUCUCCAUUUUAUAUCCAGGACUAGGUUUAAUGAUACAUGAGUUUUAUAGGUAGCUUAGUGGCUAAGAGUGUUUUGCCAGUAACCGAAAGGUUGCUGGUUCUAAUCCCCGAGCCGACUAGGUGAAAAAACUGUUG